AUGGAGUAGGGUUUUGGUGUCCUUUGGUAAGCCCUUUGUCUCUCUCUCUCUCUCUCUCUCUCUCUCUCUCACUGCAAUUGCUAUCCGUUGCAGUAAUUCAUUCCCUCACUCACUCCAUUCUCAAAACGAUGAUGAUGAUUCAACAACCCAACAACACCCUCUGAACAAUUCAUUUUCCCCCUUUUUCUCUAACGCCAAAAAGCAUCGAGUUGCGAUCUCUAUUCUGACAAGGCAAAAACAGAUCGGGUCUUAUUUCCUGGAGAUAUUUUUAUAACAAUGAUUGUAUCUGGGCUGAGUGGUACUCUCUCAAGAUGCCCCCAAUUACCUCCUCGUUGCCUAGAAUCACGCCGUGGUCGGGUCAUGGAUUUUUCUGUGGCUGGUAAAUCUAUACAAGGGACCGCGUUUCCCGGAGUUGAAAGAACAUGUUUUCCAUCUCUUAGAAUAAAAUGCAACAGACGACAAGUUCAAUUAGUCAAAAGUGCCAUGGAUGCUUCAUUUGGUGAUAAUGAUUCUGCUGCUGUUUUUCCAAGAAUCAAUGUGAAUGAUCCAUAUAAACGACUUGGAAUAAGCAAGGAAGCUUCUGAAGAAGAAAUUCAAGGAGCUAGGAACUUCCUGAUUCAAAAAUAUGCAGGGCACAAGCCAAGUGUAGAUUCAAUUGAGUCAGCGCAUGACAAAAUAAUCAUGCAGAAGUUCUACGAGCGUAAGAACCCAAAAAUUGACGUCAAGAAAAAAAUUAGGGCAGUUAAUCAAUCCCGAUUUGUUCAGGCUGUCAGAGGCAGAUUUCGCACUCCAUCAACGACAUUCAUCUUAAAAACUUCACUUGCAUUUUUGUUACUUGGUGUUCUGACUGUUCUCUUUCCAACUGAGGAAGGGCCAACACUUCAGGUAGCAAUAUCUCUAUUCGCCACAACAUAUUUCGUAUAUGACCGGCUGAAGAGCAAGAUAAGAGCUGUGCUUUAUGGGGCUGGAGCAUUUAUCUUUUCAUGGCUGUUGGGAACCUUCUUGAUGGUGUCAGUAAUUCCUCCUAUUCCUUUAAUCAAGGGACCAAGGGCAUUUGAAGUGAUCACAUCAUUGAUAACAUAUGUUUUAUUAUGGAUUUCAUCAACCUAUCUUAGAUGAAGGCUAAAUCUAUGUAUCUCAGCAGAAGACUAGUUUUUGCGGUGGAAGUUUACAUAAUGUUAAAUGUUAUGGCUUACCUCAUCUAGAUGUCAAAUUAUAGCCUUUUUUUUUGUUGAAUUGGGUUUUGUAUUCUUUGUUUAAAUUUUUGAAUGAGCAUAUAUACUGGAAUUUUAAAGGCAUGACAAGUAUUGCAUUUUGUUGCAUCUA